UUCAGGAAGCAGGAAGCCUUUUUUGAAAGGCAAACCUUGUUCUGCACGUCACGGGCAAAUAACAGUAAAUUUAUUUACUCAGUGGAAAGAGUAGAAACAAUGUCUCACUACAGUACAUAAGUUAAAUGUAAGCAAAGCUCCUUUCCAAUGGCGAUCUACUUCAGCUGAGGAAGGAUAUUUAAACACAUGUAAAGCAUGCUUAAGAUGUCAUGAUGGACUAAAUAGUAGAGAUGGAGAAAGCAGAAGGAUCAGAUGAUCCAGAACAUAUAAAGCUUGCAGAAUGUACCCAACAUAGCAGAACAGGAGACAUGGAGACACAACUUCAUAAAAUAGAUGACUGGACCAAAGAGGAUGUUCGCCAGUGGCUCAUUGAUGUGGUGAAAAUCCCUCAGAAGUAUGCUGAUAUUCUUUACAAUGAAGAUGUUUCAGGACCAUGUCUCCUCUCAUUUGAUAAAAAAGACUUGAUAGAUCUCGGUUGGAAGCAUGGACCUGCAGUUCAAAUAAUUAAAAAAGUGUCUGAGUUAAAAAUGUUCAGUACCAUACCUAAUGAUACAGAUGCAUUAGCAGGGAUCUCUACAACAGAACAUUAUCAGCAAGACAAAGCAGCAUUUGAAAAACCUACCAGCACAUCUGCUGAACUUGAGAUAUACCCACGCCUAAGCAUUCAGGAAAACCCUGAUGGUAAAGCAGUUGAACACAUAUUGUCAUGGGCUUCAGAGGACAUACCAAAAGUUGGUGGACAGGAGUUACUGCAUGAUACACUAAACUUUCAAGAGGAAGAGGCUUUAAUAUUAAAGGAUCUGAAUGACAUCAAGUACAAGAAAGGAGAUGGGGCAAGAAGUGCACAAUCAAAAACUUUGUUGCCAUGCUCAACAAAUGCAAAAAAUGUCAGUAUGGAGACCAAAGAGCACCUGGGUCAGAUUAACACUUCAGAGAACUUAUUGGACAUGUCAAAGAACUUUGUAAAACGUGUGUGCAAGCCCCGCCCUUUUGAUGAAAUCAGCACAUCAUUUGAAUAUAUACAAAAUGAACUACUUCCUCCUGAAACGGGUCCAAGCAAUCUUGUUGACCCUGUGCAUGAGUACAAGCUAAUGGCAAACACAGAGAAUGCUUCAGAGAAGGAUAUCCUUAAAAAAUUCUCAGAUGAAGUAUUUCGGUUUGCUGCAGCAUGUAUGAAUUCUCGAACAAAUGGAACUAUCCAUUUUGGAGUUGGAGACAAGCCACAGUAUGAACAUGGACAAAUUAUUGGAUUAGAGUUGACAUCACCUGAUAAAUACGUUGAUGAAUUUGAUAAGCGUCUCAAGGAGCACUUUGAAGAAAACACCAAUAUUGCCAAGACAUGCAUUAGGCCUCCCAAAUUCUUUCAGGUAAAAUGUCCAGACAACAUCAAUGUGGACAAGUGGGUUAUUGAAGUUGAUGUUGUCCCAAAUUAUUCUGAAACUUUGGAAAAGCUUUUUUAUACUGUUACAGUAAAGGAGGAGGGGAAGAAGUGUAAAACAGAAUGCCUUUUUAUUCGCUCUGGGGCAAACACCAUCAAUAUUCUUGCUGAUAAAAAUCCUAGGUCUGUUCAGGAGAAAAUGAAGAAAGUAACAGAUGAUGUGAAGUCUUGGGCUUUAUCUAGAAAGUCAGCAGAGGAGAGGGACAGUCCGUCUAUAGGACAAAGCUCUCAAGGUCAGAGACUUAAACAACUUAUCACUCAUGGGAGGGACAUUCUGGAAAACUCUCUACAGUUUAUUGUCAUCACAAAUAAGUGUCAUGUCAGUCAACUAGAGCAUCUGAGUUUUUUGAAAGACCUUAAAUUGUUUGUGGUCCUUGAUUUUGAUCCAGAGUCCCAAAAGAAUGGAACCUGCAGUUACUAUCGCAAAGAUCGUAUGGCUAAUAUACACUACCCACGGUUGUAUAACAUUACAGACAACACUAUCUCUACAAUUAUUAGCAAACUGAACUUGUUUAAACAGACCAGCUGGGUUUUUUGUAAUGGUCAAGUCAAUGAAACUGAAGCAGAUAUGCCUUUCAGCGAUGGUGAAUGGCUGAAAAAACGUGCCACAGAAGUCAGUGAAAUGAUUUCUUUUAUUUGCAAGCCUGACAUUAUAUCAAAGGACAAAUUAGUGGUUGUGUUUUUACUCCACUCAGCUGUGAAUGACAUCUCUAGCCCAAUCACCGAGACAUUCUGCGCAAUUUACCAAAAACUUGAAGGGGACGACAACAUGCUUUGUAUAUGUAAAGAUUUAACAGUAUUUGAACAAUGGAAACACGUAGUACAAACUCGGUGUAAAAUUGAUAUCACAAGUAAAUGUAUUUAUGAGUUAAGUCUAAAUGAGAUCAAUUGCACCAUUCAGAAAACAAGGGAGCCUCAAACAAGUUCAGUGAACAGAUACCUGCCCUCCACUGGCUCUAGCUCAGUCCGUCUUACAAAAAAGGAUGAGGCUCAGAUGACAGUCCUUGAAAUACUUGCUGAGAAUGAAUGUGAAAAUACAGAGAUUGAAACAAUGGAUUCUUUCAUGCAAUUCAAGAACAAAACUGAGGAAGACUUUUACAGAGGUGGACAAGUGAAAUGGUGGAACUUCUAUUUGUCAGAAAGACCAGGGUCCAUUCCAUUCAUAAAACGUGAUAAGUAUGAGGAACUACAUAACCUCAUAACACCAACAGAGGGUUACUCAUCCCCAUGUGUAACAAUUAACUUGUUCCAUCACCCUGGCUGUGGUGGAACUACACUGGCCAUGCAUGUGUUGUGGAACCUGAGACGAAAAUUCAGGUGUGCUGUCUUGAAAAAUAAUUCUGCGCAAAGUAGCGAAAUAGCACUCCAAGUCACACAAUUACUGACCUAUGGAAAGGAAGAACCAUCAACUUACACUCCUGUUCUCCUUUUAGUGGAUAACUGGGAAGAUGUUGAGGACCUACAGCGGUGCAUACUCUGUGCAGCACAUGGAAAAAAAAAACAGGAGAGUUUGAUGGUGAUCAUCCUUAACUGUGAGAGAUCACAGUUUCCAUGUGAGAGCUCCAGAAAGAGCAGAAUUGACAGUGUUUUCAUUACCAACAAACUAUCCACAAAGGAGCAGGGCUUUUUCCAGAUGAAGCUGAAGGAACUCAAAGGCAACCAUGAAAAACCUGAAACAUUCUAUGCCUUUAUGAUCAUGACUAAUGACUUUAGUGAAAAAUACAUAGAAAACCUUGUGUGCAACACUCUAAAAGACCUUGAUGUCUCAACAAAUGAAGGACAGUUACUCUCAUUCUUAGCACUGUUAAAUACACAUGUGCAUGGCUCGUGUAUGUCAUUGUCACUAUGUGAGGAACUUGUUGGCAUCAAGAAUCUUUGGAAGCAGGAAACACUGGAAGAAAAAAUGAAUCCUUACUCAACCUUGCUUAUCUCUUUCAAUGUUGAGGAAUGUGGCACUUAUCAAGCAGUUCGCUUCCUGCACCAAAUGAUUGCAGAAAACUGCCUUAAAGUCCUAAUAAGUAAGCACAAUCUUAAACUGAGUGAAAUAACAACCAACUUACUGCAUUGCAACCAACUGUACAAAUCUGGUAUGGGCAAAGAUGUCCUCAUUCAAAGUAUUUUGAGUAUGCUGAUCACCCGUCAAAGAAAGGAACUUGGUGAUGACAAAGACACACUCUUUUCUCCUUUGAUUGAAGAAAUGCCUUUGGCAGAGAGUAAAGAAGUUUUGACACUUGCCACAAAAAGAUUUGACAAAAAUGCAACAGUGCCUCAGGCUCUAGCGAGACACUUCUACCUGAAAGAGAAAGAUUUCACCUCUGCUUUGCAAUGGGCACAGGAUGCAAGACAAAAGGGAUCCAACUCUUAUAUUGCUGACACUUUGGGGCAGGUUUACAAAGGUCAUUUGAAACUUAUGUAUGAAACAGGGCAGGAAAAUGAACUCACUCCAGAGGAGUUAGAGAAAUGUUUGCAGUUGGCUGUCAAGGCCACUAUGGCAUUCAAAGAUUCACAGGAUCUUGCAAAGAAGGAUGACCAGAUGGAUUUCCUUGAUCAACCCAUGAGGAAAAGACAAAGGACUUACAAUACAUCAGGCUAUGUUGGCGAGAUUGAUGUUGCAAUGAUCAUCUUUGAUAUUCUAGAGACAAUCUUUAGGAAACAUGAUGGUUAUCAAUGGGAAACAUUAUUGCAUUUCCUAAAAAACAGUACUUCUCUUCACAGUUUUCGCAAAACCGAUCAGAGGACUGCUGAAUUCAUUCCCAAGCUAACAAACCAUGAGAAAUAUUUAUUCUCUUUGAAACCAAGAAUGAAAGAAAUUUUCGAGUUUUUCGAAAACUACUUCACCUACCUAAAACCUAGGUCGAUUGAAAGAGAGACGGCUGAGGACAGAAACAAGAGAAAAGUUUCAGAACUCUUCAAAAAAUAUGUUAAAUUAUUCUGUCAGUCUGGAGAAGAGAAAGAAAUGGAGAGAGCAAGUCAACCAAAUCUUAGUUUAAGACAGAAGUUGGAGGACUACAGAUGCUAUUUGGAGGAAAAGCGUGCCAAUACAUUUGCUGGGUUACUGCAAUGUCUAACUGAAAAAAAUGGGUCUCAAAUGGAACUCAUUUUAAAGAAAUGGCAGUUCAUCUCUGAAAAUUCUAAGAAUUACAUCAACCAAGUGAAUUUCAUCUUGGCAAACAUUGUUCUCUACUGUGUUAAGCCUAAGUCACCAAUCCUAAAGAAGUUUAAUGAGCUUUUGCACCUUCUGAAUAUCGUCCUCCAAGAGAAGGGCACUUAUUCAGACUGUACUGAGGCCUACUACCUUGCAAUGUUAUUGCUAUGGCCAGGAAAGGAGAGCAACAUGGAUAACACAACGUUGUCGAAAAACAUAUGCACAUAUGUUACAUCUACAAAGAGAUCCUUUCAUCGGCGCUUCUCCCAUUUGUUCCCAGCAAAGAGUGCCAUUGCACACUUCUACCUUGGAAAAUCCAAAGAACUGAAAAGGGUAAUCCAUAAAGCAAAGCUAGAUCAGGUGGUAGACAAAGAAAAACACCCCAAUAUCCACCAACUAUGGCAGAGUGGAGCAAUAUGGAGAGAACCAGAGGUGCAAAACUUACUUCAAAGAGUCAAGGGAAAAACAGAAAAUGGGAUUAUUUAUGUUCACUAUGGUGGGAAUCUUAGAAUUCCUGUGCGGCCAGUUUACCUGGGUGGUCUUCGAAGUGGAUGUAGCAUGGAGGAGGUGUCCUUCUUCUUAGGCUUCACAAUGGAGGGACCAGUAGCUUAUGACAUCAAAUACACAACAGAUUUGUAAGUUUUAACACUACCAACUUAAAGCCUCCGCAACGAACAUUGCUUUGUACAGUGGGAUUUGAAUACUGCAAUUUAAAAUAUUGUUGUGUUAGUUUUCAUUAUUGUACAUUAGUGGUUGUUUUUGUUUGGUUGGUUGGUUGGUUGGUUUUUUGGCCACACUCAACCCUGAAGAUUUUUGUGUGCUUCUUUAUGAAAUUAAUAUGGACAUUUUCAUUUUAUUGAUUUUUUUUUCCUCUUCGUUUUAUUAAUUGAUACAUAGUGCUUUUAACUGGAUUACAUUGUGAUAGUGUCCUGUUUUUAAUGAGGGAAAAGUGAAUGAAAAAGAUGGGAGAGAUAGACUGUGCAUUAGUACUGUAUUGGUCUGAAAAGCAAUUGCAUUAUAAAUGUAAAACAAACAUUUUUUUUUUGUUAGGCCUCUAAGACAAAAUAUUAAAAUUGGACACUGCAACAUGGUUUAUUUUAACAUAUUUUAAAUGUUUCAUGUUGUCUUGCUUUCACACUGAGAAAUACAUUAGUAUCUAUGAGCAGAUUAUACGCCUAUCUAUAGCUUAGAAUACAGAUUUUUUUUUUUUUUAUCUACAAAUUAAUUGUACUGUAUAAAAGUGUAUCAGCUUCUUUUUACCAUAUUUGUUGUGUUAUUGUAAUUAUUAUUGUUUACAAUUUUUCUUGUGUCAUGUUUCACAGAUUUAGUAUUAAACAACUAAGGAUCAAUGUUAGGUGAAGUCUUGACUGUUUGUCAGCCUACAUAUGUGUAUACAGGUUUGGUUACAAUUAUGAGGGCAAAAUGUUUGAAAAUGUCAGUGAAAGUAUAGUGAAACCUGUCGAAAACAUGUCAGGGAUAUUAGGUGGUCAUCACUAUGAGGAAAGCUCAAAUAGAUGGGUUUUAGCAAAUACGAAUAUAUGGUUAGUGGAGUUUGAAAAUCAGUGAGGACAGUAAGAUGUUAAGAAUUCUACCAAAAUUACACCUACAAAUGCAACACAUUCUAUACAUUACAUAUAAAUGUAUUAUCUAACUAUUCAUUAAUAGAGACAUACAUGACUCUAUACCUACGUCCUCCUCUCUGUUCCUUUGCUCUCUCCUUCUCCCUGUUGCUUUUCUCAUCACAUCUGUCCUCUUGAUCCUGUUUUUUUCUGUGGCCUCUUUAAAUUAUUAUUUUUUUUUCUGCAUUUUCUGCAGAAAUACAUCUAGAGCAGUGGU